AUGACCCCGCCGUCUGCUCUCCUGCCCCUCCUCUUCCUCGCGCUCGGCGGCAGCACUGUCCGGGCGCAGGAGGACAGUGAUUCGAACCAAGUCACCAGCACGAGUUCCAAGCAGCUGUACCGCCAGGGCCAGGCGUUUCGCGGGCGCUACCUCGCGCCGUCGACGACUACGACCAAGAAUGCGUCAUCGUUCGACGCCGCCGUGGUACAGGGCCUGUCGCAGAAUGCGAUUGACAAUGCGCAGCUGAGGAUUCUCGCGCAGACGGACGCCUGGGUUGUCGGCGGCGCGGCCGCCUUUAUGCAGGCGCUGUAUCCGCCGAAUAAGAAGGCCUUCAUUGCGGCGGCCGGCGGCGAGACGCUGGCCGAGAACCACACCGGUGCGAAUGCGACGAGCUAUCCCCUCGACGGGUACCAGUACCCUCAGAUCGAGACGCUGCCGAGCACAGAUGUAAACUCUAUUGGUAUCCAGGGCCAUGUCGGCUGCCCUACCUGGCAAAACGCCACGACGACCAACCUCACCACCAACCCGACCCUCAAAGACGCCGCGCAGAAGAACGCCGACUUUUACACCAAGCUCUUCAGCAGCGGCCCGCUGCAGGGUACUCUCGCCGCCGACGACGCCAAUUUUUUCAACGCCUAUGACAUUUACAACCUCGUCAACUACGAGUACACCCACAACGAGACAGUAUUCACCAACCUCGCCGACGCCAACGCCACGCUCGCCCGGCUCGCCGCCGACGCCUUUACCAUGGAGCGCGCCAAGUCGGACCCGGGCUCCAGCACGGCCAACGACACGGCGAGCGUCGCGCUGACGAUUGCGGGCCGCACACUGGCCAAGCUCGCCGGGCGCGGCCGAUGA